GGAACACUGUUAGAGAGUAUACGCUUGCACAAGUACGUUCUUACAUAGUAAAGCCAUGUUUAAAUUUUUAUUUAUUAUUUUUGCAAUCUCGGUACACAAUAUUUACACUGAAGAUAUUAUUGGAAACGCUUGCACCCUCAACGCAUCUAACUCUCCAGGAACAUGCAAACUGUUAACAGAAUGUGAGGAGAUUCAAGACGAAGUAGCGUUUGGCCACGAAGUGCCCCAAACUUGUGGCUUCCAAGGAACCCAAUCCGUGGUUUGUUGUCCAAAAUCUCGUCGACCAGGUUACAUCAGCGAAAAAAAAUGUAGAGAAUACGCUUCCUCUCCGCAAGAGACACAAUUCCGCGGACACAAAAUUGUAAAGCGCGUCGUUGGAGGAGAGCCGGCUGGCAGAAAAGAGUUUCCGCAUAUGGCGAUAUUAGGGUAUCAGACCGGGGACCCUGAUGAGGGUCCUUGGUGGGUAUGUGGAGGGUCGCUUAUCAGCGAACAAUAUAUUUUGACAGCCGCACAAUGUAUGUUUGGAGGGAAUCCUGAUGCACCAAACUUUGUGUUGUUAGGUGUCACAAAUCUUAACGACACCAAUCACAGACAGGAAAUUAAAAUUGUGAGUAAAGUGGUACAUCCAGAAUACAAAACUUCCUCUCAUUAUCACGACAUAGCACUCGUAAAACUGGAGAAACCAGUAGAGAUCAAUUCGUAUGCACGUCCUGCGUGUCUUCAAACAAAGUUUGAAAUUCCUGCCAUAAAAACUAUUGCUACUGGAUGGGGUACCACAGGAGUUGGAGGAGAACCAAGUGAAAAUUUACUAAAAGUAACACUGGAUAUUGUAGACUACCAGAUUUGUAAGAACACUUACAAAACCACUAGAAAUCUAAAAAAUGGAAUUAUAGAUGACACGCAGAUUUGUACAGGAGGUGACGAUGGACAGGAUACUUGUCAGGGCGAUGCUGGUGGUCCGCUGCAAAUACAUCAAAAUAACGACUUAAUACAGCGUAUUUAUCAUAUAGUUGGUGUGACUUCGUUUGGAAUAGGAUGUGGUAGUAGACCUGCUGUAAAUACUCGAGUAUCCUACUACAUUAAGUGGAUUGAAGACACAGUUUGGCCGGAGAACAAUCAAUGAUAAAGUUGAAGGCUUGUCCUAUACAUGGCCUCGACAGACAAAUAACAGCUUUUGAGUAGAUUUCUUUUAUUACUAUUUUAGCCUCGACCAAGUUAUAUUUAUUUUAUUCUACCCAGAAUAUAAGUAGGUGUCGGCCUCGUGGUCUAGUGGUCAAGAUACCUGUCCGGAAAGCGGGGGACGUGUGGUUCGAUUCCCACCGAGGCAGCAACAUUUUUCUUCAUUUGUUAUUUUUACUAAGUAACUUUUGUAACGAUAUCUAGGAAAAUAAG